AUGGCAUCAUCUCCUACGGGCUCUUCUAGCCAGCAACGGCCUACGUUCUUGCAUACCAACAGCAAGGAAACAACCAUGACAAACCCUUACAAAGAUAAUCUGCCUGGCGCUAGUGGUGCCAACGCUAUACCAAGCAAUAAAAGUCUAUCUAUAUUUGACAUCGAUAUCGAUGCGCAUAGCCGAUCCUAUUCCUCCACUCCCGCAUCUGAAUACCCAGCUGAAUCAUCACUUGCCCGCAGCGCCGCCCGGUAUACCAACCUUUCUGCGCUGGACUCAUCUCACCCUCCUAGCCCUGAGUUCAAGUACCGUGAGAAGGGACUUAGCAACCAGAUCAGUUCUUCUACGUUGAGUACAUUGGCAAACGACGCGAUACCUUAUCCCAUGACGAUAAAGCGGCUGCCCCAAGGAAAGACGUUUGCUGAACAACCAGCCCCGCCACCUCAAUACGAUGGAAUAGAAGAUGUGAAGCUGGAGUCAUCUUAUGUUAACCAAGAAAAGCGCUCUGCACCUGCCGUGUCGGUUCAAAGUUAUCUGCACAGGACACCGCUUUCGUCCAACUAUCGUGGUCAAAGCAGCAGCAGCAGUCAGCAGCAGGAUAACCAAGGAAACUCCAAUCCACGACCGAACGGAAGCAGUGAACUGAGACUGGUAAGCAACCAGCUAAACGGGCAUUGGAAGGGGACAGUGGGUAGCACGGCAAAUGGGAGAUCCAACGGGUCGGCAAGCAGACCUACAAAUGGUACUGCACACGGAGCUACCAACGGACAAAGGAACGGGAACACGCACACGUCUGCGCCUAGCCAGAGGAAAAGCCAGAGAGCUCAGGGAAAGAGAGAUAGGAUUUGGCCUUGGAAGGAGGGAACGUGCCACAAGAUCGCUGCUGGUACUUGGCAUAAGAUAAAAGUCUUCUUUGGGCUCGACACAACGCCUCGAUCCGGCAUGGCUAAUGGGAAUGCCGGACCAGGGGAAGUCGAGCUGAGCGUGUUAUCGAGCGAAACCCCUCGUUCCCGGCAACGAGCACCUAGCUCUGCGAAUCCGACAUCGCGGCCCCGAACAGCUGCCAGGCAUGACAGGAAUGGGGAUGGGAAUUAUAACCCCUUGCAGCGAACACGGGCCCACUCUGGAUCCCGCCCGAAGAGGCCUGCGCCCAAGGAUCCGUAUGAUAAUGGCUUCCUGUCUGCACCUAGAAGCACCCCGUGCCCUGCCUCGAACCGAGGAACUUCAUCCAACGCCAAGGCGAAUGGCGAGGGAUCCAGCAAGAAGACUCCCAGCAGCGCGAGCAGGUGGUUUUCUAGGCUCUUAUAAACCCGCAGGAUACAGAUGGGUGUCCUGCUCAAGGCACUAUAUACGAUAGCAACAGUCAUCCGAUUGAAAGCCGGGGAUUCCAUUAAUACCUCAGGUUAGGUACUUACAGGGGAGGAUAGGGGAGAUAUUGCAAUACGUAAUUCGCGAUGGUAAUUAAGAAUGGUAAUUUUAAUGUUUUCAAAACACGCCUCCGCCUAUGAUAAACAACCGCUCCUCCUCGCGC